AGAAAGAGAGAAGAGGCAGGACGAACACUCCCUCCCUCCCUAUCCCACUCAUUAGUGUGCUACAUUUCGCUGACGAUCUCGGGGCAAACAAGCGGCGCAGGACUAGUUUCGCUCAUCAGAAGAGAUUUAUACAUCAUUCCGGGACAUUUUUUCGUCUCCUUGUUAAUCGUGGAAUUGAUCCUGUCGACUUUAAGAGGACAAUUUGACUGUGAUAUCGGCGCAGAUCAGUUUAGAAGAUGGUUCGAGUCUCCGCAAUAUCGGUCCUUAUUUUGGGCAUCGUAGUUCCAGGGUUGGCCGGCUAUAUUGAGGCGCUUGCAGCCAAUGCGGGCACAGGUUUUGCCGUAGCGGAGCCUCAGGUGGCCAUGUUCUGUGGGAAGCUCAACAUGCACGUAAACAUCCAGACAGGACGCUGGGAACCGGACCCUUCCGGGCUGAAGAGCUGUGUAGGAAACCAAGAGGGCGUGCUGCGCUACUGUCAGGAGAUGUACCCUGAGCUCCAGAUCACUAACGUGGUGGAGGCCAACCAGCCAAUCAGGAUUGAGAACUGGUGCAAGAAGGAGAAGAAGCUGUGUAAAGGCCACGCCCACAUCGUGGUGCCUUACAAAUGUUUAGUGGGGGAGUUUGUGAGUGACGUGCUGCUGGUUCCUGAGAAGUGCAGGUUCUUCCACAAGGAGAGGAUGGACAUGUGUGUCAGUCACCAACAGUGGCACGGGGUGGCCGAGGAGGCCUGUUCCAAGGGGACCAUGGUCCUUCACAGCUAUGGCAUGUUACUGCCCUGUGGCAUUGAUAAGUUCCAUGGUACAGAGUAUGUAUGCUGCCCCUCCCCUGGGGAACCCUCCCUGCCCGCCAUGCCCUCCCAGGAGGAAGAAGAAGAAGAUGAAGAGGAGGAUGAAGAGGUGGAGGAGACGGGACUGGAUCAGGAUGGUCUUGUAGAGAAGGAGAGCGAGGCCCCAGCUGAUGAGCAGCCCACCACUCAGAAAGAGGAGGAGCCAUUGGAUGAGGAAGAUGAAGAUGAGGAAGAAUACCAUUAUGUGUAUGAAGAUGAGGAGGCUGACAGAGAGGAAGAGGAGGAGGAGGAGGAGAAGAAAGAGAGGGAUAGUGUUCCAGAGAGCCAGGAUGAAGACAAGACCCUGACAGAGGUCAAAGCGGUGUGUACCCUGGAGGCUGAGACCGGCCCCUGCCGUGCCUCCAUGGCCCGCUGGCACUUCGAUAUGACAACCAGGAAGUGCGUCCGCUUCGUGUAUGGGGGCUGCGCUGGAAACCGCAACAACUUUGACUCUGAGGAAUACUGCAUGGCCGUGUGCAAACGCCUUACAGCAGUGCCCCCCACCCCUCAACCAACUGACGAUGUUGACGUGUACUUUGAGACGCCCGCUGAUGACAAGGAGCAUACACGCUUCCAGAAGGCCAAGGAGCAGCUGGAGAUCAGGCACCGUAACCGAAUGGAGAGGGUGAGAAAGGAGUGGGAGGAGGCAGAGCGUCAGGCUAAGGAGCUUCCUAAGGCUGAGAGACAGACUCUGAUCCAGCACUUCCAGGCCACGGUAGAGUCCUUGGAAGAGGAGGCAGCCAGUGAAAAGCAACAGCUGGUUGAGACCCACCUGGCUCGGGUAGAGGCCAUGCUCAAUGACCGCCGCCGCCUGGCGCUGGAGAACUACCUAGCCGCCCUGCAGGCUGACCCACCGAGGCCCCACCGUAUCCUGCAGGCUCUGAGGCGGUAUGUGCGCGCGGAGAACAAGGACCGUCAGCACACCAUCCGCCACUACCAACACGUACUGGCUGUCGACCCUGAGAAGGCUGCCCAGAUGAAGUCCCAGGUGAUGACCCACCUACGUGUGAUCGAGGAGAGGAUGAAUCAGAGUCUGUCUCUGCUCUACAAGGUUCCCUACGUUGCCGAGGAGAUCCAGGAUGAGAUUGAUGAGUUGCUUCAGGAGCAGAGGGCAGACAUGGACCAGUUCCUGUCGUCUAUCUCAGAGUCUCAGCCGGACGUUACCGUGUCAUCAGAGGAGAGUGUGGAGCUUCCUGUCUCCGAAGGGAAACCCUACCGCCCCUUCCAGGUCACCUCCCUGGGGUCGCGACCUGAACCAGAGGGUUCAGGGAUGUACGGCCAGGACGGGCUGAUCGGAGCCGAGGAGAGGAUCAUCAACAGCAAGCCCAAGAUCAACAACAACAUGGUGGUUGAUGAGACUCUGGAUGUAAAGGAAGUGAUAUACAGUGCUGAGAGAGUCAGCGUUAUGCAUGGUGAUGAGCUGGAAUCCUACCGUCCUCUGGGUGAGGACUUCAGCUUCGGGAGCUCUGCUCUGAUUGGUCUGUUGGUGAUAGCGGUGGCCAUAGCAAUGGUGAUAGUGAUCAGCCUGGUUAUUCUGAGGAAGAGGCAGUACGGAACCAUCAGCCACGGCAUUGUGGAGGUUGACCCCAUGCUGACCCCAGAGGAGCGCCACCUCAGCAAGAUGCAGAACCACGGCUACGAGAACCCCACCUACAAAUACCUGGAACAGAUGCAGAUCUAGGAUUCGCUGUGGCACCGAGCAGAGAGGAGGGGCCAACAUACUACUGACCAAUAACAAAAAAAUACUCUCCUCAGAAAUCAUUUGCGUAAUUACAUCAGAUCACAAUACAUAUACGGAUUUGUUUCCAACCGAUCCUUGAAGAAUAAUGCUAAAACUACUGCUACCAUUGUACUUUCCAGCUCCCUUUGAAUCUUGGGGUUUCUUUUAAAAGGGUGAUGUACGUAAUCUCUACGUUUGAUAUAAUAUGUGAUUUACUAAUUCAUUAUUACGAUUACUCUCUGAAGAUUUAACAUGUGUUGUUUUUUUAAAAUUUGAUUUGUUGUUGUUGUUGUUUUUUAAAAACAUGCAACAAAGGUAAGAAACCAAGCAACGCCAUUGUUGACUAUAAAUGUAUCUCAUCAUCAGACAACAAGGAGGACACUAACAUGUUGUUUCCCAUCGUAUCCGUGUCCCAAAACCUUCUGACGGUCUUCUCAGAAUAACAAAGUUGUUGUUGGUUUCUUUUUCAAUAGAUUGCUUGUGUAUGAAGGUUCUUUGUACCUAUUAAAUGAUGUAUAGUGAAACUACAAACGAGGAAAUAGAAUGAAAACAAAAUCAUGAAUUCAGUUACUUUCUAUUCUUUGUUAUGAUUACAAACUAAAUAUACAUAAACAAUUUUAAAUAUAUAUAAAUAUAUAUAUAAAGUAGCUGUUUUUAUUCCACCAGGGAAGAGAGGCUGAAACUGGGAUGGUGGCUGAGCUAGGUUGGGAUGUUGUGGUGCAGACAGACAGACAGGAGCGCGUGCAGACAGACAGGAGCGCGUGCAGACAAACAGGAGCGCGUGCGGACAGACAGGAGCGCGUGCGGGCGGACAGACAGGAGCGCGUGCGGACAGACAGGAGCGCGUGCGGACAGACAGGAGCGCGUGCAGACAGACAGGAGCACGUGCAGACAGACAGGAGCGCGUGCGGACAGACGAGCACGUGCAGACACACAGGAGAUUGUGCAGACACACAGGAGAUUGUGCAGACACACAGGAGCGCGUGCAGACAGACAGGAGCGCGUGCAGACAGACAGGAGCGCGUGCGGACAGACAGGAGCGCGUGCGGACAGACAGGAGCGCGUGCGGACAGACAGGAGCGCGUGCGGACAGACAGGAGCGCGUGCGGACAGACAGGAGCGCGUGCGGACAGACAGGAGCGCGUGCGGACAGACAGGAGCGCGUGCGGACAGACAGGAGCGCGUGCGGACAGACAGGAGCGCGUGCGGACAGACAGGAGCGCGUGCGGACAGACAAGAGCGCGUGCGGACAGACAGGAGAUUGUGCAGACAGACAGGAGCGCGUGCGGACAGACAGGAGCGCGUGCGGACAGACAGGAGCGCGUGCGGACAGACAGGAGCGCGUGCGGACAGACAGGAGCGCGUGCGGACAGACAGGAGCGCGUGCGGACAGACAGGAGCGCGUGCGGACAGACAGGAGCGCGUGCGGACAGACAGGAGCGCGUGCGGACAGACAAGAGCGCGUGCAGACACACAGGAGAUUGUGCAGACAGACAGGAGAGUGUGCAGACAGACAGACACAGGAGAGUAGACAGACAGGAGAGUGCACAGACCCCAGCUGAUCUCACAGCUCAGACCAGACUUACCCUUAUUACACCCUGACCCAUCUAAAUGAACUGACUCGUACCCUUAUUACACCCUGACCCAUCUAAAUGAACUGACUCGUACCCUUAUUACACCCUGACCCAUCUAAAUGAACUGACUCGUACCCUUAUUACACCCUGACCCAUCUAAAUGAACUGACUCGUACCCUUAUUACACCCUGACCCAUCUAAAUGAACUGACUCGUACCCUUAUUACACCCUGACCCAUCUAAAUGAACUGACUCGUACCCUUAUUACACCCUGACCCAUCUAAAUGAACUGACUCGUACCCUUAUUACACCCUGACCCAUCUAAAUGAACUGACUCGUACCCUUAUUACACCCUGACCCAUCUAAAUGAACUGACUCGUACCCUUAUUACACCCUGACCCAUCUAAAUGAACUGACUCGUACCCUUAUUAUACCCUGACCCAUCUAAAUGAACUGACUCGUACCCUUAUUACACCCUGACCCAUCUAAAUGAACUGACUCGUACCUUUAUUACACCCUGACCCAUCUAAAUGAACUGACUCGUACCCUUAUUAUACCCUGACCCAUCUAAAUGAACUGACUCGUACCCUUAUUACACCCUGACCCAUCUAAAUGAACUGACUCGUACCCUUAUUACACCCUGACCCAUCUAAAUUAACUGACUCGUACCCUUAUUACACCCUGACCCAUCUAAAUGAACUGACUCGUACCUUUAUUACACCCUGACCCAUCUAAAUUAAGGUGAUGAUACGUCCUGUUCAUAUCCACACAUUCAUGUGUGAAUGUACUGUGGAAGAGGGACCAUAUUCUGUCUCCUGAUAUGUUCUCUGAUGGUCCUGAUGGGGUGUAGGGAUUCAGAGUCCAUGUUUUGUCUCCUGAUAUGUUCUCUGAUGGUCCUGAUGGGGUGUAGGGAUUCAGAGUCCAUGUUUUGCACAAGCGAUGCAAUGCUUUUAAAAAUCAAGUAGAAAUGAAUCCGAGAACCAUUUUAAGGAUGUAUUCAUUCACCUGAACAACAGCUGACCCUAAAGCACAGAACAGUUUGAAUAGUCUUUCUCAAAUCAAACCCAAACACUCUCGCUGGGGGGCUUGUGACACACUCGCUGGGGGGCUUGUGACACACUCGCUGGGGGGCUUGUGACACACUCGCUGGGGGGCUUGUGACACACUCGCUGGGGGGCUUGUGACACACUCGCUGGGGGGCUUGUGACCGACCGACAGACAGACCGAUGUGGAUGGAAGAGACAGACAGACAGAUGUGGAUGGAAAGAGACAGACAGACAGAUGUGGAUGGAAAGAGACAGGCAGACAGAUGUGGAUGGAAAGAGACAGACAGACAGAUGUGGAUGGAAAGAGACCAACAGACAGAUGUGGAUGGAAAGAGACCAACAGACAGAUGUGGAUGGAAAGAGACCAACAGACAGAUGUGGAUGGAAAGAGACCAACAGACAGAUGUGGAUGGAAAGAGACAGGCAGACAGAUGUGGAUGGAAAGAGACAGGCAGACAGAUGUGGAUGGAAAGAGACAGACAGACAGAUGUGGAUGGAAAGAGACAGGCAGACAGAUGUAGAUGGAAGAGACAGGCAGACAGAUGUAGAUGGAAGAGACAGACAGACAGAUGUGGAUGGAAAGAGACAGACAGAUGUGGAUGGAAAGAGAGACAGGCAGACAGAUGUGGAUGGAAAGAGACAGACAGAUGUGGAUGGAAAGAGAGACAGGCAGACAGAUGUAGAUGGAAAGAGACAGACAGACAGAUGUGGAUGGAAAGAGACAGACAGAUGUGGAUGGAAAGAGAGACAGGCAGACAGAUGUAGAUGGAAAGAGACAGACAGACAGACAGACAGAUGUGGAUGGAAAGAGACAGACAGAUGUGGAUGGAAAGAGACAGACAGACAGACAGACAGACAGACAGACGGAAAGAGAGACAGUCAGACAGAUGUCGACGGUGAAUGUGUGCAGGUUACUUUUAACGGGGAGGAGGACAGACAGACAGAGAACCGUAGAAUCAGGAGUUGAUUCUCUCUCUCUUGUAACUGUCUCUGUAUAGUUGGCGUUGCGAUCAUGGCUUCUCUUGGGAGGGUUUAUCGUUUCUCAUAUGAACAUUUUUCUUGUUUUAUAUUUUUCUCCUCCUGUGACAGUUUGUCAGUUAUGCGUCUGUCUCACUAUGCACUCUUAUGUAACUACCUGCUUGACUGCAGCGAUCACAAUAGUAGUGAUCAAACGGAUUGAUUGAUUGAUUGAAUUGAUUGACACCAAUGGAAACAAACAGAUUCUGGUUACAGGGGAAGCACAUCAAUAAACCCACUACUUCCAUAAA